GAGAAUCCAGCCAAUACAGGCUUUGAGCUCAAGCCAGCUCUGUCAGACUGAUGAGCAAUAGAUCUCACCAGGAAAUCCAUAGCCGACGGCUCAUAGCAAUGUCCGAUCAGUUACAGACCACAGACUUAACACCGGUACAGCGCUCAACUCAGUCUCAGAUCUAGUAGAUGUCCUCAUCCCGUUGAUGGCAACAUGUCUGACAUUCAGCUGUCCAGACUCAAAUUCAUAUGAAUGCCGUUGGUUUGCUCAUCUCGAUAGCUUACUUCAUGUCCCUGGCACUCUCAUUGUACAUACCUGUCGACACUCCCACUGUCCCAGCAUCUACCACGCACUCAUCUACCUAUGCAGUUCCUUGCUCGCCAUCCCGUCCCUCCCGCCUUCACCCACAUCUUCUACCAUUCACAUCCUACAGUCACUGCCAUUUUGGUCACCACCAUAUGCCUAUAGCUCCCCCUGUUCUUGUCCUUGCGUCUGCAACGCUCACGCUGCUCACCUUCGACACCGACUCGUCCAUGCACAGGAGCAACCAGCAGCCCCAUCUCUCAUCCGCGUACGCGUGUUCGUUUCGUUUGUCUUUGUCACGCCACGAUCUCACGCGCUGGUCCAUAGCAGCUCGCGACUGCUCGCGUCGGACACCACUAGCCACGCCUAAACAUCAGCAGCGAUGGUCACACAAAAUGCGGACCAGCUCUAUGUCCCUCCAUAGCAGGGCGCGCGCGCCGCUGCCCGGUUGUCGGGACGUCAGCCCCGACGACACAGCAUCUGCGCACCUCGCCCGGCUCGCUCACCCAUGGCGGUCUACGUUCACGGCCGGCACGACAGUGUGCCCGGUAACUGCUAACACCGAUCCUGCACCCACAUUGCCCGGCCCGUCGCGACUCGACGCCAUGCCUUCAGCCACGAACGGUCACCUACAGCGCGGACGGUCUGCUCACCGCACCUGCCGAUCCGCCCUCCGUUCCUCGCGCCGGUGCCGGUCCUCGCGCCUACUGCACGUCGCGGCCCGCAACGCGACGUUACUUCCGGUAGAUGUUGCGCCGUCACGACAGCUUCAACGGUUGCUGGCGGGGACUCGUCUCAUCCGCCAAGGACCCGCUGCCAAACCCUCCUGCUGGUCAAUGCCACGAGCAUGCGCCCGGUGGCCGCAAAGCCUCGCUCGCGCCCGUUCUGACGGGUUCCGCGAGAGUGCGUUCGAGGGCGAUCGACGACAGAGACAAAGCCCUGCUUCGUACUUGGUUCACGGUGCAAGCGCGGCGGGUCCGCAUCCCAGCUCGACCUUCGCGGCUGCUGAUUGGCUCUCACCACGCGUCCUCCGCCUCGACACUCGUGCGCUCGACAAUCAUCCACGCCGACUAUCUAGUCGUGUGUGGCUGCCACCGAUCCUGCGCCUGCGCCCACACACGACAUCUGCCCGCCGAAGACGGUGUCCGUGCACUCGAGAGGUAGCUCUUCUGGGCGUCCUCUGCGAGGCCCGCCCCGGUCACCUGCACGCGAACUCCGGGGCGACACUCUGCGCGGUGGUAGGCAUUACCCGCCGGUCGAGACCGGACGCGCGCACGGGCACCGUACGCAUCGUACGACGAUAUCGCUGGGCAUUCAAGCACCACAGUCGGUCCAGAACUCGAGCCGGCGCGCAAAUGCUCGGCGACGGUCCCCAACGCGCUCGCGGCACCCGUGCUCAGUGGUGCAGCGCGCGGGCGUGUCUGUCUGAUCUACGCCGUUGUCCGGGCGAAGGACCGUGGGCGGCACGCGUGUCACGUACCAAGAUGCCAGCGGGCGGCGGCGGUGGCCUCUGGGUGGAGGAGUCGUGGCGGCGGAGUGAGCGAGAUCGCGCGGUGGCCCACCAUCCGCGUGAUCUUGUCUGUCCGGCGGGCGGAUGAGCAGUGAGGCAUGACGAGGGGCGAACGGAGGCGGGGUGCGAAGACGUCGGCAUCCUCGCGGACGGAGCGGCUUGGGACGAGUGCGGCGAUGCGGACGGAGUGGCUUGAGACGAGUGCGGCGAUGCGGACGGAGUGGCUUGAGACGAGUGCGGCGAUGCGGACGG